CAGCAACGCGGAGAAGUUAGGUUUGCAUGUAGCCAUUACCGCUCAGUGAUAUUCAGCACCUGAUCAACCAAUACUCCAUUAAUGGAUCGAGAUAAUUAUGUUGGGUUUGCUACACUACCCAGUCAGGUCCAUCGGAAAUCUGUCAAAAAAGGGUUUGACUUCACAUUAAUGGUUGCAGGAGAGUCAGGACUAGGUAAAUCGACCCUCAUUGACAGCUUGUUUCUUACUGACCUCUACAAGGAAAGGCAGCUGACUGAUGCCGCAGACCGUAUCUCUCAGACCCUGGAGAUCCUAAAACACGCAGUGGACAUUGAGGAACGAGGAGUGAAGGUGAAACUGACAAUUGUGGACACACCAGGAUUUGGAGAUGCACUGGACAAUUCGGACUGCUGGAAACCUAUUGCACAGUACAUUGAUGAACAGUUUGAGCAGUAUUUCCGAGAUGAAAGUGGACUUAAUCGAAAGAAUAUUCAGGACAACAGGGUACAUUGCCUUCUCUACUUCAUUUCACCCCUCGGACACGGAUUUCGCCCACUGGACUUGGAGUUCAUGAGGGCAAUUCAUGAAAAGGUGAAUAUCGUACCAGUGAUCGCCAAGGCUGAUACACUCACACCAGCUGAAGUGAAGAAACUGAAACAGAAAGUGCGGGAUGAAGUUGAAGAACAUGAGAUUAAGAUUUACCAUUUUCCUGACUGUGACUCUGAUGAGGAUGAAGAGUUCAAAAAGCAGGAUGAAGAACUUAAGGAAAGCUUCCCGUUUGCUGUCAUUGGCAGCAAAACCAUCAUCAAUGAGAAGACAGGAAAGACCAUCCGAGGACGCAUCUACCCCUGGGGCAUGGUGGAAGUUGACAAUCCUACGCACUGUGAUUUUACCAAACUACGCAACAUGUUGAUCCAAACGCACAUGCAGGAUCUGAAGGAUGUAACACAAGAGAUUCAUUAUGAAAACUACCGUGCUCAGUGUAUCCAGAGCCUAACUCGCACUGUGGCAAAGGACCGCAGCAACCGCAACAAGCUGUCUCGCCAGAGUGUUACAGAUCUACCCAUUCAAAUUCUGCCUUUGUCUGAAACUGAGAAACUCAUCCGGGAAAAAGAUGAAGAGCUACGUCGCAUGCAAGAAAUGCUUGCAAAGAUGCAACAACAGAUGCAGCAGAGCCAGGCUGAGCAGUCAGACUCACUUUGAGCCUUCAGUGAAGAAAAGACAACACAAGCAAAGGUUUUCUUCUUGGACGUUGUACUCAAGACUGACAUUCAAUUUUCCCCAAAACAGGAAGCUCACAAUGAUGGACGAACAAAGGCACAAGUUAAACUCCGACCUACAAAUUUGUGAAUAAUGGUGCAUUUGGACAAACUUGCACAUCUAAUUUCUAGAACAUGCUUCAUUGAUUAACCUGCAAGAAAUAAAUAAAAUGGAUUGAAAUGUAUAAACAGUAAAAGUCAGGGACCGAGUGGGGUGAACAAUUCUAAAGCAACAAUCAGAAAAUGCUCAACUAUCAGAACAUAUAAAUUCUUUGUGGCUUUAAAAACAGAAAACUUACAACUAAAAACAAAUGUUAUUUUGUACACAAUUAUGUCCAUCUACAAAUGGCAUCCAAAGCCAAAAUGCACUUCAUCACCAUCUAGUGUUAAUCCCUCUCUACCUUUUACCAUCUUUAUUACCUUUAUUUUUGGCCCUGACCCACCCCUACCCGAUCUUUGCCCAUUCAUUCCUCCUGUUACUCAAGUUUUAAUCUUGGAUCACGGAAAGCAGAAGUCAAGGGUCAGGGACCAGUACCCUGAGAGGACCAAGUGAUUUAUUCUCCCAAUUCCUUACAAAUGUUGGCAGACAGAAAUGCUACAGUACUCCCCACAGCUGCUAAUAGUGGGGCAUGAUGCCCUCCUUAGCUGGGUUCCCACUAGUCUUGUGACUGCACGUUAAAACGCCUUCCCCCAUAUGGUGCUCCUCUAGCAGGAACUAUAUUAAUCUCCCACCCUGGGAUGGGCAAGCCAGCAUCAACUUUCCAGUGCCUCACCUAUUAAAGGCAGCUGUUCCAACACUGUCAACUGCAAAACCCAAAAGUGCCAUCACUAGCAGGUGGCACACAAUGUGUCACCAUCAAUUCCAAACAGUAUCAAUUCCACCUAGAAUCAGUGCUCAAUCAUGCCACUACCCCCACACCACCUGGCAUCAGUGAUUGUACCAUUUACCGCCACACCACCUGGCAGUGACUGUACCAUUUACCGCCACACCACCUGGCAUCAGUGACCGUACCAUUACCCCCACACCACCUGGCAUCAGUGACCGUACCAUUAUCCCCCCACACCACCUGGCAUCAGUGACGGUACCAUUACCCCCACACCAGCUGGCAUCAGUGAUCAUACCAUUACCCCCAACCAUCUGGCACGAUCAUACCAUUAUCCUGAAAUCCACAGUUUGGCAGUAGUGAAUUUCACAACUGGGUAGCCCUUCUAUACAGGAAUUGAGACAGCACGGGCAAUACUAAGUAACCCCCAACACUGCUCUUCACUGUCGAGAUUCACUGCUAUAUGCCAGCUACCAGAACCCACAGAGUCUGAUCUUGGAUACUCUCAACAUCCACAGCUAAAGUGAGGUGUCUAUUUGGACUUGGUCUAACUGCAGUGACCCAGUAAGUCGCCCUACAAAGCUUAGCUUUCCAGUGACAAGACAGUUUGAAUCAACUUAGUUCUAAUCAGUGUCAUUUAUGGGCCUAGAUUCCAUGCACUGCUGCUCCCAAAUAAAGUACAUGAGGUCAUAGUGAGAAAUGUCCCCUGCUUUCAUUAAUCUGUCCUGCGACACCACUAGCAUCAGCUAAAGAUGGCACUGCACUUACACCAGUGACCAGAGUCUGCCCUGUUGCAAUUCAUCCAUAAAAGCAGUUUGAUAAUCCAAGACUCUGCCUUAAACUAAUCCGUCACUGUUCUACAAUGCUAGACUAACAUCUAGAUCAGUAGCCUUUUCAUGUCUCACCUCUGAUUCCCUCAUUCACCACCUACUUUAAUCUAGGUGGCAAGUACAUGGCACCUUCCCUUAAAUACACCAAGGGACUCAUCUCAGCAUCUGCUAAAUAAAGGUGCAGCCAUGAUUUCAAGAAUUACACAUUAAGUACAUCACCUUCCAGAUGGAAGCCCCACCCCCCCACCCCUAAGACAGUGCAGACUUCUAAACAGCACACUUUUUCAAUAGUCUGUAAUUAAAAAAAUUCUUCCAGCUCCAUAAUUUACAACAGAGUGAGGCUAGUCACAAUCCCAAAUUAACUUCCGAAAAGCAUAUACCGCAUGGCAUUUUGGCACAUGGGCCUGGCCUCCACCAUUCCUACUCCCAACAGCCAGAUCCCAACUCAGACAACCUAAUACCACUGCAUGGUAGGCAAUGUCUGGCAUCAAUUAUAUCCACCAAAGGACAAGCCACAAACAGUGCACCUGUGCCACUUAUUAGCAGUUAUGGUACCAGUGUCCUCCCCUCUGCUCAAGUAAAAGGGGACACGUGGAAUAUGCGCAAGUCAAACUCUGCUCUGAAGUUGUUGUUUUUCUUUCGGCUAUUCCCGGUUAGGGGUCGCCAAAGUGGAACUCCAGUCCACUAAUUAUGGACAGUUGAAGGUUGGGCGUUGGG